AUGUAUGUCUGUGGUCCUCAUCUCUACAGAUGUCAAACAGUCAUGUCAGAAAGAGCAUGUCAGAAUUCUUGGUACCCUCACCAGACCUACUCAUUUCUGGUUCCCAUCUCAACAGAUGGCAGCACUGCUGGAUUCGGGACAACCUUAGAGUUGUCCUUGACUCCCCCUUCAUUCACCCUUGACACCGAAGGUGGGAGCCCGUGGACAGCAGCACUGGGGUACAGACGGCGUGAGACACGUGGCAGGAUGGUGUCAGGGCUCCCGUCCAGGGUGACUGUAUUCCUCCUGGUGCUGCUGCAGGGCACACAGUCAGUCUACAUUCAGUAUCAAGGCUUCCAGGUCCAGCUGGAAUCAGUGAAGAGGCUUAGUGACCUAGAGGAGCAGAGGCUGCCCAACCCCCACCUCCAGACCCAGAGGCUAGUGCCCCCUGCGUGUCACCACCCAGCCCUGCCACAGGAUCUCCAGCCCAUCUGUGCAUCCAAGGAAGCAGACAGCGUCUUCCAGGCCUUGAGGACCAUCGCUAAUGAUGACUGUGAGCUGUGUGUGAAUGUCGCCUGUACCGGCUGCCUCUGA